AUGGACAGGACAGGGCCCGACCUGCCGGCUCCAGAUUUGUUCGAUUCCACGCGCUUCAACCUCUGCGAACAGUGGACGACCCUCAACCUCAACCGUAGGGCAAAAAUCCGACCGGCCCAAUGUCGCCCACUCUGCACAGGUUGUGACAUCCUUCAACGAGCUGUUGAUUUGAACGUGCAAGGCACUCCGAAUCCGUGGGGUCUUGCCGGCGAUUUCUCUACAACUUCCGCGGGUUUCCCUGCCGUCAUAGAACUUGCCCGCGACUGGCUGGCCGAGUGUAGCCAAGAACACCAGAACUGCGGUUCUGCUGCCGAGGCGCCGCUGCCAACCCGGGUUCUCGAUCUAGGCCUCGGCUCUUCUGAUGCCGUCAGGUUGCGCGAACUGAAGGGCCACAUGGCCCGCUACAUCUGUCUCUCGUACUGCUGGGGGCGUCUUGAGUUCCUCAAGACCACGCGGGACAAUUUCGAGCGCCACAAGCAAGGCAUCAAACCUGAAGAACUCCCGCGGACCUUCCGCGAUGCCAUCACGAUUGCGCGUGCACUCGGGGUCCGCUAUCUCUGGAUCGACGCGCUCUGCAUCAUCCAGAACGACGUCGACGAUGCCGACUGGAAGCGCGAGUCGGCCACUAUGGUAGACGUCUACCGUCACUCGUACCUCACCCUGGCCCCGACUUGGGCUGACUCGGCCCAUGCCGGCUUCUUCCUCCCUCCUGAGGACGACGGCGCCAGCGCCAGUAUUGGGCCCGUCACGGUGCACCAGGUCCGCCACUUCCCGCGCACGGCGACCUCGGAGGCCUCGGUCGACUUCCCCGUGUUGGCGCGAGCGUGGACGUACCAGGAGCGUAUGCUGGCGCCCCGGGUGCUUCACUUCGGCCGGCAGGAGAUGCUCUGGGAGUGCCGCGAUGGCAGUAGGUGCGAGUGCGGCGGGGCGGAGUACAUGGCAUCCGAUGUGGACAAGGCGGACUUCCACGGCGUGGUCUCGCUGCACCAGCCGCGCGGCGGGCUUACUCCGCAGCACAUCUGGCGCCGCAUGAUUAUGCAGUACUCGCCGCUCGCGCUGACCUACCCCACGGAUAAGCUGCCCGCGUUCGGCGGGUUGGCGGAAGAGAUGCGGCGCCGCACCGGGCAGGAGUAUCUCGCCGGCCUGUGGAGGGACACGCUGAUCCUGGAUAUGUGCUGGUACCGAGACCCCUGGGUAGACACGAGGCCGUCCUCUGAGACCAUCCGGCGGAGGCCGACCUGGUCCUGGGCGUCGAUCAAUGAGCCCGUGACGUACCACGCAAACUUGUGGGGUUCUAUGCUUAAAGUGCGUAAGAACGUCGAAGAGUAUCCCGAGGUCCUCAAUGCCGGAUGCUCCCUGGCCGGUCCCUCGCCCACCGGCCCAGUUCACGACGGGUUUGUCGAAUUGAUGUGCUCCGCCAUCCGCGCUUACCCAGGAGGGCGGAAGCUAGCAGGGUGCAACACAAAACGGUGGGACCUCCGGGUCGGCUCGGCUCUGCUGGAAUGCUACCCAGACUGGGGAACCAAGCUGGAAGAAGAUGGGAAGUAUUAUCUCAUUCCGAUGCUGACGAUCGACGAAGACUUCUGUGGACUUGUUGUCCGGCCUAGCUCCCCGGACUCGGAGGAAAUGGUCCGGGUCGGGCUGGCUGAGAAGCUCCGCAUACCGGAGAGCGAAGUUCAGGACAUGAUCGGUCAGGAGAAGCAGAGGGUACGGAUCGUGUAG